AGUUCACCGUUCUCUCACCGCGGACUCUCUGAACGGUCCGGUACUGUGUGACGUGUGUGUGUAUGUGCUGUGUGUGUAGUUGUUUUUUUUCUGAUUGGCUGAACCAGGACCGCUUUGCGCUCCACGUGAAACACAGGGUGAGGCGCGCACAUAUAUCCGGCGCACAGGCUCGCGCCACUCAACAGUUUCCAGCCUCGAGGGCACGCGCUGACGAGGAAAGCACGGACAAUCUUAAGGGUCGUUAGAAUUAAACCAGAGUCCAUGGCUGCCCCCCCACACAGAAGCUGCCUGUGGAUGUUGCUGCUGGGCGCGUGCGUGUCGCUGGUGGUUGGGACGGAGUGUGAGAAGGAGUGCGCGCUGUGUGUGUACCGCCUGCUGGGACAGCACCCUGCGCUCUCCUCUCUGACAUGCUCUCUUGAGUGUGAGGGUGUGUUGGACAGCCAGAAGCUGCGCCUGUGCCGGGACCUCCUGCUGGACGAGGAGACCCAGACCCCCCUGGAUCCUGAUCCCCGCCAGGACCAGGACCAGGACCAGGAGGCAGCGGGCGCCAUGGCAGCCGCCGACAUGGCCGCGGAGUCACCAGAACACCAGCUGGCCAAGAAGUACGGCGGCUUCAUGAAGCGCUACGGGGGCUUUAUGUCCCGCCGCUCCCCCCCCUCCCCAGAGGAUCCAGGAAACCAGGAGGAGGAAGACAACAUCCGCCUGGGGAUCCUGAAGAUCCUCAACGCCGCAUCCGAGCAGGGGGGGGAGGCGGUGAAGAGGUACGGGGGCUUCAUGCGUCGGGCGGAGGGGGGGGUCCCGCAGAGCGACCUGCUGGAGGCCAUUUUGGGCCGCGGGCUGAAGAAGCGCUACGGAGGCUUCAUGAGGCGGGUGGGCAGGCCGGAGUGGCUGGUGGAGAGCAGCAAGAGUGGGGGGGUGUUGAAACGGGCCUGGGAGAACGGCAGUGAGAUACAGAAGAGGUACGGGGGCUUCAUGGACUAGGACGCCACGGUUAUGACCCCCCCGUCACCCCAAGCAGUCCCCCUGUAAUCUGGACCUGUUGGUGUUUGAAUCAACUGCUUUGUAUAACUUCUGCUACUGUAAUGAUAAAAAAAGAUAAACAUGUGUUGUUCAGAUGUGCACAAAUCAUUUUCCGUCUGUUUUUUGGGUUUCAUGAUGAUAUUAUUUAUUAAAAGAAUCUGUUGAUCCAGGA